AUGGCGACAGAGGCAGCAGCAGCAGCAGCAGCAGCAGCAGCAGCAGCGGGAGCUGCAGCAGGAGAUGAAUGGCCGCAGCAGCAAACGACAUACACAACAGAGACAUCUCUCCCUCCUCCUGGGUUCCCCCGAGCAAUGGCAUCGUCCGCUGCUCCAGCAGCAGCAACAGCAGCAGCAGCAGCAGCAGAAACUGCUGCAGCAGACAGGAGAGAACAGGCAGCAAAGCGGCAGCGACUCAGCAGCACACAAGAAGCAAAUGAGAAGACAGAAGAACAGACAGCGGGAGAUGCAGCAGCAGAAGCAGCAGCAGCUGAAGACAGCCAUUCCAACGAUACGCAAACAGAGCGCCAGCAACAGCAGCAGCAGCUGCUGCUGCAGCAGCAGCAGAAGCAGAGUCAGCAGCAGCAGGUGAAUAAACCGGAAAGCUGCUCAGAUAGCGUUUUGUCUGAUUGGGCUUCUGCUGCUGCAUGCUCUGCUUCAGGGGCUGCUGCAGAAGCAGCAGCAGCACCAGCAGCAGCAGCACCAGCAGCAGCACAUGCUGUUGCAGCCGACUCUCAGCAGCAGCAGCAGCUUCAUUUGGGUGUCUUCUUCUCGGGCAGCGACAGUGAUGCUGACAGCAGCAGCAGCAGCAGUAGCAGUAGUAGCAGCAGCAGCAGCAGCAGCAGCAGCAGCAGCAGCAGCUGUCAGGCCCCCACGGGGGCCCCCCAAAGUUCACCACACGGCCGGGGCCCUCAAGGGGGGGCCCCCGCCACUGUUGGCUGCAGGGGCCCCCCAGGGGCCCCUGCAGAUACACCAGAGUCAAGGGGCCCCCCUGGGGGGGGCCCCCCGGGGGGGCCCCCAGGGGGUCCCCCAGCAGCAGUUGGCCCGCAGGGGGGCCCCCCUGGGGGGCCUCGCUGGCCUGAUAGAGAGACGGAGGCAGCAGCAGAAGCUCCCGUUGCUGCAGCUGCUGCAGCUGCUGCAGGUGCUAGCGAUGCAGCUGCGCCAGUAGAACGCGGAGCUGGGGAUGGAGGAACUGUGGCAGCAGCAGAAGCAGCAGCAGCAGCAACAGCAGCAGCAACAGCAGCAGCAGCAGCAGAGGAGCCUUCUGCACCUCUUAAGUUUGAGGCGGCAAACCAGAUAGCUGAGAGAGAGGGCAGCAGCAGCAGCAACAGCAGCAGCAGCAGCAGCAACAGCACCGCCGGCUCCGCAGACGCAGCAGCAGCAGAUGCAGCAGAAGCAGCAAAUGCAGUAGAAGCAGCAGAAGCAGCAGCAGCAGCUGCAGCAACAGCAGAUGCAGCAAUGGGAGCGCUAGAGACUGCCUCCUCGGUAGAAGAGUUGUCCCCAGUGAGGCGACAGCCUGCUGCUGCUGCAGCAGCUGCUGCUGCUGCUGCUGCUGCUGCUGCUGGUGAUGAUAACGGCGGCAGGGCAGCCGACAGCAGCAGCGCAGCAACAGACGAUGCAGCCAGCAGCAGCAACACCAACAGCAGGAGCAACAACAACAACAACAGCACCAGCAGCACCAGCAGCACCAGCAACAGCAGCACCAGCACCAGCAGCAACAGCAGCACCAGCACCAGCAGCAACAGCAGCAACAGCAGCAGCAGCAGCAGCAGCAACAGCAGCAGCAGCAGCAGCAUUGCGGUGUUGGUGGCUGAGGAUAUAGAAGAAGAGGUUAACGAGGUGAUAGAUUUGAGUGCUUCUGAAGCAGCAGACUCAGAUGCAGCAGAUGAGGUCUCUGUUUUAUAUGUGGGUACAGAUGCAGUGUGUGUUGACCCAGGGUCACCUGCAGCAGCAGCAGCAGCAGCAGCAGCAGCAGCUGCUGCUGCUGCUGCAGGGGGUAACGCUGCGGCUGAGGAUAUAGAAGAAGAGGUUAACGAGGUGAUAGAUUUGAGUGCUUCUGAAGCAGCAGACUCAGACGCAGCAGAUGAGGUCUCUGUUUUAUAUGUGGGUACAGAUGCAGUGUGUGUGGACCCAGGGUCACCUGCAGCAGCAGCAGCAGCAGCAGCAGCUGCUGCUGCUGCUGCUGCUGCAGGGGGCAACGCUGCAGCUGCAGCAACCACUGCAGCAGCAGCAGCAGCAACUGCAGCUGUUGUCUUGGACUCAGAUGAUGAUGAUGUCGUUGAGCUACGCUGCCACCAUGCUGCUCCCCCCCCCUCUCUGCAUGCGCCGCACAGCUAUCUAUGGAGGGGCCCCCUGGGGCUGCAGCAGUACGGGGGGGGGGCCCCCUUUCAGCUGCAGCAGCAGCAUGCGGGGGGGGGGCCCCUGCAGCUGCUGCCGUAUAGCAGGGGCCCCCUGGGUACUGACGAUAGAGAAGAGGAGGAAGAGACAGCCAGCAGCGCGGCGCUCCCCCGCUGCCCUAUAUGUCUCAAGAAGUACAGGCAGCAGCAGCAGCUGCUGCUGGAGCAGCAGCAGCAGCAGCAGCAGCAGCAACAGCAGCAGCAGCACCAGCAAGGUGGUGCAGAUGGCGAGAACAACGAACACAAACCGACAGAGGGGGGACAAGGAGACAGCAGCAGCUCAACAGCAGCAGCAGCAGCAGAUCGCCGAGGCGCUGCAGGUGCUGCUGGCGGCCAUACCAACCCAGAGCAGCAGCAGCAGCAGCAACAGCAGCAGCAGCAGCAGCAUACUCAGGCUCCCCAGGCGCAGCAACAGCAACAGCAACAGCAGCAGCAGCCACCGCCGCCGCCGCCGCAGCAGCAGCAGGGGUCUGCAUUGGCUUCUCGUGUUUCUCUCGGUGCUGCAGCAGCAGCAUGCCCUAUAUGUCUCAAGAAGUACAGGCAGCAGCAGCAGCUGCUGCUGGAGCAGCAGCAGCAGCAGCAACAGCAGCAGCAGCAGCAGCAGCAAGGUGGUGCAGAUGGCGAGAACAACGAACACAAACCCGCAGAGGGGGGACAAGGAGACAGCAGCAGCUCAACAGCAGCAGCAGCAGCAGAACGCCGAGGCGCUGCAGGUGCUGCUGGUGGCCAUACCAACCCAGAGCAGCAGCAGCAGCAGCAGCAGCAGCAGCAGCAUACUCAGGCUCCCCAGGCGCAGCAACAGCAACAGCAGCAGCAACAGCAACAGCAGCAGCAGGCACCGCCAUCGCAGCAGCAGCAGCAGCAGGGGUCUGCAUUGGCAUCUCGUGUUUCUCUCGGUGCUGCAGCAGCAGCUGCAGCAGCAGCAGCAGCAGCAGCAGCAGCAGCACCUGAGAGCGACCACGUGGUGGCGCUGCGCUGCGGCCAUGUCUUCUGCAAGAGCUGUAUUUUAGCUGCGCUGCGGACGCGGCGGCAGUGCCCCGUUUGUCGUGUUGUAUUGAAGGGAAGCAAACCCUAUCAACGCAUCUUCUUAUGA